AUGUUAUAUCACCAAGGUUGUUUUGCUGGUGGAACCGUUCUUCGUCUCGCCAAAGAUCUUGCUGAGAACAACAUUGGUGCACGUGUCCUCGUUGUUUGUUCUGAAUUAACUGUUGUUACUUUUCGUGGUCCAAAUGAAAAUCACUUGGAUUCCUUAGUUGGACAAGCACUCUUUGGUGUUGGUGCUUCAUCUGUGAUCGUUGGAUCAAACCCUGAUGAAAGAAUUGAAAAACCGUUGUUUUAUCUUGUUUCAGCAUCCCAAACGAUUCUACCAGACUCUGAAGGAGCGAUUGAAGGACACUUGCGUGAAGUGGGAUUGACAUUUCAUUUGAAAGAAAAUGUUCCUGAAUUGAUCGGUGAGAAUAUAGUGAAAAGUCUAGAAGAAGCAUUCCAUCCACUUGGAAUAAGUGAUUGGAAUUCAUUGUUUUGGGUAGCACACCCUGGUGGUCCUGCAAUAUUGAAGAGGAUUGAAAAAACAGUUGGGUUGAAUUCAGAUAAACUAAAUGCGACAAAACAUGUUCUUAGUGAGUAUGGAAACAUGUCGAGUGCUUGUGUGUUAUUUAUAUUGGAUGAGAUGAGAAAGAGGUCUAUGAAGGAAGGUAAGUUGACUACUGGUGAUGGACUUAAGUGGGGUGUUUUGUUUGGAUUUGGUCCUGGCUUGACCAUGGAAACCAUUGCCUUGCAUAGCGCAGCCACCAACAUAUAG